AUGGCUGAACGUCAUAUAGUUGCAAUCUCCGGUGGCGGGAGAGACGUAAGAAAUCCUCGCAGGAGGAUCGAAGUCUUUGAACGCCUCCAAAACCACACCGAUCCAAACCUAUUCACACCGCGCUGUAUUUUCGACGGGGCCGUCAUCAUGUACUCCCCCCGCGAGCUUCCGUUGUCUGGAAGAGACUCUCAAACCUUCGAGGUCAAUAUGUCUAACAAACCUAGGACGGAUGGAUCCGCCCCAACCCGCGGAAUUGUCCAGGUAUCCCUGAAAAUGGUCGCCGCUGAUCCAAUUGACUUCAGUGGUUUACAGGCAUUUAUCGAUGGAAAGCAGACCAAGCAAACUCCUCAGGUUCUAACAGCGAUCAAUGUCCUACAGUUGAUCAUCCGCCAGGCACCCAAUUUAAAAUAUCCGAACAAUACGCGCGCAUUCUUCACUAAAGACGCCGGCAUACAGCCCUUAGGUGGAGGCUUAGAAUUAUGGCGUGGAUACUUCCAGAGUGUUCGCCCUACCAUAGGGAAGGUUUUGGUGAACAUUGAUGUGUCGACAGCCGUCAUGUUUAAGCAGGGUAGCUUUCAGGCCGCUGCACUCGCUGUUUUGAAGCAGCACGAUGUUCGUGCGCUGGACCUUCGCCCAGAUUCCCAGCAGUUCCGGCAGUUGAAGAAUUUCUUCAAAGGCGUCUCUGUCACCCUCGUCCACCGGCCGGGCCUGAAAAAGAUUCGAGGCUUGGUUCCCAAUGCUGGUAACUUCGAGUUCGAGAAUACCACGGUCAAGGACUAUUUCAUGAAAGCUUGGAGUCGCCCAAUAAACUAUCCGAACAUUAUCGGCAUUCAAGUUGGAUCGAAGGAUCGUGACGAGGUUAUCCCGGCAGAGUUGUGUAAUAUCGCCCCCGAUCAACGAUACACACGCAAACUCCCUCCCGAAUUCUCGCCGUCGAUGGUAAAAUUUUCUUCUAAGAACCCACAGGAUCGCCUGGCGCUCAUCAGUGCUGGGAUUAACAAUUCUAUUACAGCUGACCAACGAUCUGCUCUAGACUAUCAGAACUCGCCAUUCUUGCAAGACGCGGGGAUCACGGUAUCCCCAGACCCUAUCUCGAUCAACGGGCGUGUCCUUCCGACGCCCAAAAUACAUUAUGGCAAUCCUGCUACUAGUAGACCUGUUCAACCGCGAAAUGGUUCGUGGAAUAUGAUUGACCAGAAUUUCCAUGAGCCGAAGGCUCUAUCGUCCUGGGGGAUUCUUAAUUACUCAAGGGUCAGCGAUCAAACGAUAAAUAGGUUUAUCAACACUCUGCUAAACGCAUGCAGAAAACUUGGUGCCAUUCGUCUUUUUAUCUUCUGUGUAUCGCAAACUAAUCUAUCCAUCUUAGGAAUGAAUCUAUCCCCUCCAGCAGCAAGUCAAUCGUGUGCUGGCGCGUCGUCUGUGGUGAACGACAUGAGGUCGCUCAAACAUGCCGUCAGCAAUAAGAUAGGCAAUGAUCCGGAGAUGGUGUUGGCCAUCCUGCCGACCAGUUCAACGGACAUCUAUCACGCUAUCAAGUCGUUUGGUGACGUUAUCGCCGGUUUCCCAACACAGUGUGUCCGAGAGAACAAGAUCGAGAGAGCUAAUGACCAAUACUGUGCGAAUCUAGGCAUGAAGAUCAACGCUAAACUUGGAGGCGUCAAUUCACUGCCAAGGUCAGGCGCGUUGGAGAAACUCACGAGUGCUCCAUUCAUGGUUAUGGGUGCCGAUGUGGGGCAUCCUGCACCGGGCACGAUUAACCAGCCCUCUGUGGCAUCUCUGGUAUAUUCGUUUGAUCGGUAUGCUGUACGGUACGAAGCUAUGAUGUCGGUUCAACACCCCCGCCAAGAAAAAAUCGACGAGUUACGCAAAUUGGUAUAUCGCGCGAUCUACGAGUUUGGUGAGCGUAACAGGGCUGCCCCAGUGCGCAUCAUUUUCUUCCGAGAUGGUCUUUCCGAAGGAGAAUACGCGCUCACGGGAAAGGAGGAAAUCGAGGACAUUACAGGGGCGAUCGAUGACGUCUGGCGGGACAAAGGGGUGAAAGGCCCGAAACCCGAGCUUACAUUCAUAGUCGUGGGUAAACGACACCAUGUCCGGUUCUUCCCAAAGAACAGGAGCGAUGGUGACAAAUCUGGUAACUGUCCCGCAGGAUUCGUCGCAGACCAGGGAGUGGGCAAUCCAGCAGUGCGCGACUUCUAUUUGCAAUCACACGGUGGUCUCCUCGGAACUAGCAGGCCGAGCCAUUAUAUCACGCUCAGGGAUGACGUUUAUAAGCACAAUACAGACGACCUGCAGGAGCUCGCGUUUACAUUGUGCCACGCUUACGCACGUGCGACGCGUUCCGUCUCAAUUCCGGCUCCUGUUUAUUACGCCGAUGCAAGUAUCCCAUCCCAUCCUAUCGUCUGUGCACGUGGCGCGUUCCAUUUCAAUCCCGCCAUGGGGUUCGAUGCUGCUACCAUCACCAGUAAUGACGAUGCCUUCGACCUUGAACGCUGGAGGAAGAAUUUCAAGGACAAGCACGUCAAUUUGUCGAAGAAGAUGAAUUUCAUGUGA